UCAGUAAUUUAAAACGUAGGACAAACUUUCAUAAGAUAGUACAUCUAUUUUGUAUUUUGUCUAUGAUUGUACUCAUACUAUACUAUUAAAUUCUAUAUUCCUAUAUCAUAUGGCAAAGUCGGUCAAUUGACUAGCAAGUAUGUUUUUGUCUGGGGUGAUCACGUACGCAUCUGCACGUACCUAUAAAUCAGUGUUUAUUUUUAGUAGAGAUUUCGAACAUUUUGAAAAAUAUUUGUAAAUACAUGUGUUAUAAACAAGAAAUGUAAAAAAUUAUUACUUAAUUCGAAUACAAAGAAUCAUUUUAUAAUAUUUAUACAAAAAUUUCGAAUAUUAAUAUUUAAAAUUAUUUCUUUAUAUGGUGAAAAAGAACUCUCAGACGCAAAUACAUAUACUCGAUAGACCACGAGCUUACUAAUUCGUUUACUUAGCUUUAUGUGUGUGAAUCUGUCACAGCAAUAAAUCAAUUUACGAAAUAAAUCAAAUAAUAAACGAAUCCAACGCAUCUAAAUGUGUAUAUUAUGUGCUUAUUUUUUUUGAAAUUAAAUAUCUCUUUAAAGUCUUUAAUUAAACAAAAACAACAUAUUUGAAAUUUAAUAAUAGCGCGAAAUUUAUGGCUUUAUAACUAUUUACUUCUUAAGUCAAACUAUUGUUUUAUGUUUUUUAUUGCUUUGUUUUAAUUAUUUAUGAAAGUCUUGAUUAGUUUUAACUUUAAAAAUCAAAAGUAGUCAAGAGAAAAUUCUGGAAAUUUAUUUCAAACAUGAAAAAUAUUGAAUGAACUAUAUAUGUAUAUAUGAAUCCCGGCAUUGUGAAACGGUGUAUUGGUUUUUAAAGUUUCUUUUAGAAAACGUUAUAUACUGAUUGUGUAAGAUGCACAUCGCAUGUAAAUGUUUAAACGUGUCCAUAAAAUCUAGGGGCACUGAACUGCAGAAGUUCAACAUUAACGAUAUUGAAUUGACACUCGAAGAACAAAACGAUAGUUUUUUUCAUCAGAAUCUUGCAACAGUAUCAGAGCUUGAAGGUAUUACUAAAGAACAACCAAGUUUAGUAGAAAUAAGGAAUAUUGGAUCAUGGAUUAUUCAUCGUUGUUAUAAUUGUUCAAUAUAUACUCAUGCUGUGCAUAGAGAUUAUGGUGCUGCUUUAGUUCUUAUUAAUACUGAUAUUCUUAGUUUACCUGAAGAAAUAAGUAAAUUAAAAUCUAAUCCAGAUUAUAGCUCAGUAUUUAGAAUAAUAAUUGCUCAUAAUACGUUAGAUGAAUUGGAUUAUCUUCAACAACCUAACAAAUUUUCUGUGUCGCAGUUACCUAAUAAUAUACAAGUAGCUUUGGGUGGUCUCCAACAACAGCUUGAAGAAGCUGUUCAAAGACAAUCUGUUGAAAUAGAGAAUAAAAUUCGUGCUUUCACAGCAGAACAAUAUCAAUUAUUAGAACAGUUUCGUGAAAGAGCUCAUAAUGAACAUAGAAUAUUGACAAGAUUAAUUUGUAAAGGAGAAGAAAUAACUAGAUUAACAAAUAAUAUAGAAACUCCUCCUGUAACUCCAGACAGUUUUACAACCAGUUUAACUACCUCUGCAACAAAUACAGUAAAUACAUCACAGAUAGUAUCAAAUGAGACAAAAAUCAUUGCAAAUUCUAAUGUUAAACAUGAAACUGGUGCUAAAUAUUCUUCUAAUCCUCUUAUUAAUGGUAGUAUAGAUAAGAAAGAUCGAAUAUAUAUAUAUACUAAGGAACCAACUAGUUUUGACACAGAAGCUUUAUUUCCUUUGGAAGGAAUGGAAGAUACUUUAAAUGCUGAUCAAGUUCAAUCUUCAGAAGAGGGAUCUGAUACAGAUGACUCAGGUCAAGAUGAAGGUAUUCAUAUGCCUAGAGGACAAAGAGGUGGACAUCCUACAUUAGCUAAAUCAUUACCAGUUAGUGUUCCAUCUUUUCCAUCUUUUGUUCGUAGAACAGUUCAAGAUCAAGAUGAUGAUCAGCUUUCAAGAGAUCCACAUGAUCCACAUAAUAUUCGAGCUUCAAUUAAAGCUCUAGCAAAAAGCGUUCAUGGUGAUACAGUAUUUGGAGAUUUGCCACGUCCUCGUUUCUCUACUCAAAUCUGACUUUGCAAUAAUCUCGAAGAAAGAGAAUAAAAUUAAGUUAAAAAUUUAAUAUUCAUAUAAAGUACCUAUUAUUGAUAAUUGUCUUUCAAUGGAUGCUAUGAGAGGUUAAUGUAAGCAAAGAUAUAGACAGAAUAAACAUAGAAAUGUAUGGAAAUAUUAAUAUUUCGCAUAUUUUGAAUAUUUUAGGGUAAAAUAUUAUUUCAAAUCUUAGCUUUGUUAGUUUGUUGAGUUUAUAAAAAAAAGAAAAAAAAAGAAAAAAAAAAA